UCGUGUCUGAAUCCGACAGUUCUCGACACCGUAUCAGGUUUGUUUUUAUUCCGUUUUUGGAAGUCCAAAGUACUGCCGUAAUGAUAAGCUGGGUAGUCUAUCGAUAUUCUUAAGUGAAAAAGUAUUUUUAACGUAGCCAAAAAAUGCCCACAAAUGCAGACAACAAAACGGUUCGACUGUUGCUGUACUGCUGCCGCAUUCGAUUCCGACGAUAUCCGGCGUUCUACUUUCCGGUGUUUGUGUUUUUGCAGGUACUGCAAAAGCUGAGCUACAACCUAAAGCUUCGCUGUGUUUAUUUCCGAGUGCAGCCUAUGCCGAACUUGCUGUUCGAACAGUACCAGCAUGGCAAACUGGUUCAAUCGGAACAUACCUUGUUCGUUGGCCGUACCGUUUUCAAUCAGUACGUUGUGGAACGCGAAAUUAAUUGGAUCAAUCUGGUUGUGCGAACCGUUGGAGUAGGAGGCACAGGCAAUGUCCAGAGAAACACCGAUGGUGAUAAUGGACUGACGUCGAUGAUUUUGAACAGGCAACCCGUUUCGGUGCUGUUUCAGGUGAUGCCUCUAGAGGGCAACGUACCGGUGGCUCCUAAUGUAAUCUAUGUCAAGGAGAAUCUGUACUAUGAGUUAGCUGAGCGGUACAAGCUAGGAAUAAACGGUUUCGGUGGAAUGCUGCAAAGGCUACCAGAGCAACAACAUCUGCCUCAAGUGGCUAGCAAAGCGAACGUUUUCGUUUACAAUACACCGUACGAUAUGUCUACGGAUAUGAUGGAUUUUAUAAUGGGAAAAUACUUUGAAACUCCUCGCCUGUUGUACCGCAAUCACACCUAUCAGAUUGCACUGAAUGAACAGUUUCUGGGAAACACGUUCUACACGAAGAACUUUGCCAUUUUCGCUCACUUAAGGUCGUUGUACUUUAAAUGCCUGAACUUGGAAUCUACGGGUAAUAGUUUCGAGUUGUACGGGAUCGUUUGCAAAAGCUUAACAAGCUUGCAUCAAACAACCACUUUCAAUAAUUUUGUACCUCGUCAACGGCUAGAAGAUAGCUUUCAUCUUCCGAUUUGUCCAUUUGGGUUGGGAAAAUAUCAUAACGAGUUGACGGCCUCGUUGACGGCAUAUCUGAAACAGGAAAGCAAUGCCCUAAUAGACAAUGAAAUCUAUCCAGUGUUCAUGCUAAAGGGAGAACGAGGAAUCGGAAAAUCCAGCGUCCUUCGAUCGGUCGCACAAUCGCUGGGUAUCCAAAUUUUCUACGCAGAUUGUAGUGACAUCAUGACGUCGAUUUCGUCACAAACCGAAAGUAAACUGGUUUCCGCUUUGAAUCGAUCCAAGCUCUGCGAGCCGUUGAUAAUUGCAUUGCACAAUUUCGAAAUUUUCGGCAUCGAUAACGAAGGUCACGAAGAUUUGCGAAUUUUGGCCACUUUUCAGGCAGAACUGCAUACACUUUUCAGCCGGAAAUACUCUUAUCCGGUUGUGAUCAUAGCGCUAGCCAAUGAAAAAAACUCCGAGAAGCAUAGGUUGAAUAGUUUGUUUCUGGAUGUGAUCGGAUUUCAGUCUCCCACGGCUGAGGAACGAUAUCAACUGUUGCGGUGGAUAGCAGCUCGAGAUGAUCCGAAGAACAUGCUGCCUCUGGCUCAAUUGAAAAAAAUUGCCGAACAAACGCAAGGCUUCAUCUUUGGAGAUUUGAAGUUACUUCAUGUGAAAGCGCUUCAACUCGUGGCAUCGGAGCGGUUGAACUAUGACCACUUCGAGAAAGCACUGGAAGAAAUGCAGGUUUCCUUUUCGGACAGUUUGGGAGCCCCUAAGGUGCCGAAAGUUUUGUGGUCUGAAAUCGGUGGCUUGGCUAAGCUGAAAACGGAAAUACAGAACAGUAUCGGACUACCGUUGCGUCACAAGAAACUGAUGGGAAAAAAUUUACGCCGCUCCGGAAUCCUACUGUACGGUCCACCGGGUACGGGAAAAACACUUAUCGCCAAAGCGGUAGCCACAGAGUGCAAUUUGAGUUUCCUAUCCGUGCAGGGUCCCGAGCUGCUGAAUAUGUACGUCGGUCAGAGUGAGCGGAAUGUGAGAGAAGUGUUUUCCAGAGCGCGUUCGGCGGCUCCUUGCGUACUGUUCCUGGACGAGCUGGAUUCGUUGGCUCCCAAUCGCGGCGUGUCGGGCGAUUCCGGCGGUGUAAUGGACCGGGUGGUUUCGCAGAUGCUCAGCGAAAUGGACGGAAUCUGCAAGGGAACUGAUCCUAGUCAGCAAAUCUUUGUUUUGGCCGCGACAAACCGGCCAGAUUUGAUCGAUCCAGCUCUCUUACGACCGGGUCGCUUCGAUAAGUUGCUGUACGUUGGCCCAAGUGUAACGAUCGAGGACAAGGAAAGCGUUCUGCAAGCCAUCACCAACCGAUUCCAUUUGGCUAACGAUCUGACGCUAAGAAAAAUCGCCGAAGGUCUCAAACUAGAUAUGACCGGAGCGGAUUUGUACUCAAUUUGCUCGAAUGCGUGGUUGAGUGCGGUUCGACGUGCGAUUCGGCGUGCCAGCAAAGACGAAAACAGUGACGACGGGAUCGGACCGGAACAUGUGAUAGUUAAUGAAAGCGACUUUAAGGCAGCCAUGAAAAAGUUCAUCCCCUCGAUCAACCCAGCUGAUAUGGAGUAUUUUACAAGAUUAAGAACUAACUACAGCGUGUGACUUAAGUGGUGCAGAGUUGAGUGCGUACUGGAAUAUGCGAGUUAUUUUUUCGGGUAUAAAAAAGUUUUUUUGGUGUACAGAAGAUUGUUGAUGGUUAUUUUUUAAACAUAUGUGUUCUGUAAGCGUAGCGGCAAAUAUUUGUUAGGUCUUUUUGAAAAAUACAAAGGUAAGCAAAAAAUUGUGCUCCUUCCCAUCUGCUCCAAAAUAAAAUGUAGAAACAGAAUGGCAUGUUUGGUUGACGUCGAAAAGUUUCGUCGAAAAAUUUUAGGUUCAAUUCGGACAACUGGGUCGGCACGUUUUUUUGAAAGUUUUCUUUGUCAAAGAUGACUAGAACAAGAUACCUGACUCUUGUAGAAUUCAUCGGACAUGAUUGUCGCUGCACGUGAGCAAAAGUCGAACUAAUUUAUACACUGUUAAUAUGAUGUAAACUUAACGUCAAAAUCAACUGACGACAACACCAAGACCUGACUGCUGAAAGGUGAAACAAUUUUUUCAGUAUCCAUGUGGACGACUGUACGGUGCUGCCAUCCGAAGAAUGAUAAUAAUGUGUACGAAUGUUUAGUUUUCAAACAUGAAACUUUCCGGAAGAAUCAAGAAUUGUCGGCGCAUCAUUUAAAAUAAAGCGUACCAUCAGAACUUCCUGAUAACCGCUAUGAGCACGCUCCACAGCCAAGUUUUCCACUCUUGCCAAGGUAAAUAAAGCAAAAUUCGGGUGCCCCGGUGAACCUGACCAUAUGCACAACGGUUCUGAAACCUGGCUUGCGACAAAU